CCUGAAACUUCCUCAAGUCGGCCUCUCCAGGCACAGCUCCUGCCUAACAUUGGCCUCUUUAGGCACAGCUCAUGCCUUGGUGGCCUCUCCGGGCCCAGCUCCUGCAUCCCAGCAGCUUCUCUAGACUGAGAACUUUCUCAAUUCUGCCAUUCCAGGCCCAACUCGUGCCUUCCGUCAGCCUCUACAGGUUCAACCUCUGCCUCACAGCAGAUUUUCCCGGCCCAGCAUGUGCCUCACCGCAACCCCCUAGGCCAAGCUCCUGCCUUUCAGCAGCCUCUACAGGCCCCACUCCUACCUCAAUGGCCUCUCUAGGGCAAGCUUAUGCCUCACAGUGGCCAUUCUGGCCCAGCUUUUGCCUUUUGGCAGCAUCUCCAGACCCAGAACUUCCUCAAGUGGGCCUCUCCAGGCCCAGCUCUUCCUCCCGGCGGCCUCUGCAGGCCCAGACUGUUGUCAAGUCGGCCUGUCCAGGGUCAGCUCCUGCCUCCCGGCAGCCUCUGCAGGCCCAAGUCGUCCUCAAGUCGGCCUCCCCAGGCCCAGCUCCGGCCUCUCGGCGGCCUCUCCGGGUGCAAAAGUUCCUCGAGUCAGCCUCUCCAGGCCCAGCUCCUCCUGCCUCCCAGUGGCCUCUUUCAGCCCAGCCCAGCUCAUGCCUCCCGGCGUCCUUCCCAGGCCCCGCUUUUGACUUUCGGCGGCCUCUGCAGGCCCGAAUUUGACCUCCAGUCGGCCUCUCCAGGCCCGGCCUCCUGCCUCCCGAAGGCCUGCACAGGCCCAGCCUCUGCCUCACAGUGGACUCUCCACGCCCAGCUAGCUCUCGCCUCACUGCCGCCUCCCCAGUCCAAAGCUCCUGCCUCUCGGCCACUUCGGCAGGCCCAGCUCCCACCUGCCAGUGGCCUCUUCAGGCCCAUGGGGCUCAUUCCUCACAAUGGCCUUUCCAGGCUGUUUUUCCCUUCCGGUGGCCUCUCUGGGCCCGGAACCUCCUCAAGUUGGCCUCUCCAGACCCACUUGCAGCCUCCCGGCAUCUUCUCCGGGCCCAGCUCUUCCUCCCGGCUGCAUCUCCAGGCCAGAUUCCGGCCUCCCAACAACCUCUUUGGACUCAGCUCCCGCCCAGCUCCCAGCGGCCCUGGUAGGCCCACAACUUCCUGAAGCCAAGCUCCCCAGGCCCAGCUCAGGCCUCACGGUGGCCUCUCCAGGCUCAGCUCCUGCCCUCCGACGGCGUCUCCAGGCCCCAAACGGCCUCCGGUCCAUGGGCUCCUCUAGGCCCAGCUUGGGCCUCCCGGCGGCCUCUGCAGGCCCAAAUCGUCCUGAAGUCGGCCUCUCCAGGCCCAGCUCCGGCCUCCCGGUGGCCUCUCCAGGCGCAACGUGUCCUCAGCGAGGGCCCCUCCGGGGCCAGCUCCUGCCUCCCGUCAGCCUCUAGAG